AUGAAACCCUCCUCCGCAAUCACCGCCGCCUUGGCCGUGUCUGCCGCCAACGCCCUUUAUGUGCCAUCGUACGAUUCUGUGCAGAAAGUCUUGGGGAGCCAGUAUGACUCUGUAGCACAGAGAGUGCAAUCGCAGUAUGCGUCUGCAGUCGAGAUGUUGGACGAGAAAACAGGCGAUCUUCUUCUGCGUCUCUCGCUGUUCAUGGCCGAGCCAUCUGCGCCAAUGACCGCCGAGGACCGUAGCGUGUGGCUGGAGAUGUUGUUGAAGUUCCCAGCCCAGAUCGCACGGAUGAAUUUCCGCUCCGCCCCUUUGAAGACCACCGCCGAGCCCGCCGUGUUUGAUUUCCAUGUGUCUGACGACAAGCUCCCUAACCACAAGUUGAGAGUGAAGUCCACUCCAGAAGACUUGGGCAUUGAUAAGGUGAAGCAAUAUACUGGUUACUUGGACGUGGAGGAUGAAGAUAAGCACUUCUUCUACUGGUUUUUCGAGUCCAGAAAUGACCCAAAGAAGGACCCCGUCAUUUUGUGGUUGAACGGUGGCCCUGGCUGCUCCUCUCUCACUGGCUUGUUCUUUGAGUUGGGCCCCUCUUCGAUCGACAAGAACUUGAAGCCUAGCUUCAACCCAUACUCUUGGAACAACAACGCUUCCGUGAUUUUCUUGGACCAGCCUGUCAACGUCGGCUUCUCCUACUCCUCCCUGUCUGUCACCAACACCGUGGCUGCUGGUAAGGAUGUGUACGCCUUCUUGGAAUUGUUCUUCAAACAAUUCCCCGAGUACAAGGAUGUUGACUUCCACAUUGCUGGUGAGUCUUAUGGAGGACACUACAUCCCCGUGUUCGCACUGGAGAUCUUGAGCCACGAGGACCGCCUGUUUGACUUGACUUCUGUCAUGAUCGGAAAUGGUUUGACUGAUCCUUUGACUCAAUACGAAUACUACCAACCAAUGGCUUGUGGUGAAGGUGGUGAGCCAUCUGUUUUGUCCCCCGAAGAGUGUGACAACAUGGCUGCCAACAUCCCCAAGUGUUUGUCCAUGAUCGAGUCCUGUUACAACUCUGGCUCUGUAUGGUCAUGUGUCCCUGCCAGUAUCUACUGUAACAACGCACAAAUGGGUCCAUACCAGAGAACUGGAAGAAACGUUUACGACAUCCGUAAGGACUGUGAGGGCUCCAGCUUGUGUUACGAGGAGUUGCAAUACAUUGAUGACUACUUGAACCUUCCAGACGUCAGAAAGAAGCUCGGUGUUGAGGUCGAGGAGUACAAGUCCUGCAACUUCGAUGUCAACAGAAACUUCUUGUUUGCAGGUGACUGGAUGAAACCAUACCACAAGAACGUCGUGGACAUGUUGGAGAGCGGCUUGCCAGUCCUCGUUUACGCUGGUGACAAGGACUUCAUUUGCAACUGGCUUGGAAACCAAGCUUGGUCUGAGCGCUUGCCAUGGUCCGGCCACAAGAAGUUUGCUGACGCCCCUCUCAGAAAAUGGAAGGUGGGCAAGAAGGUUGCCGGUGAAGUUAAAAACCACGAAAACUUCACAUUCUUGCGUAUCUACGAUGGUGGCCACAUGGUCCCAUUUGACCAACCUGAGAACUCGUUGGACAUGGUCAACAGAUGGAUUGCAGGUGACUACGCCUAUUAA